GACCCUCCUUUGUUGUAGCUAUAUCACGUACCUGCAUUUGCUGUGUAUCCAUCCCAGCACAUACAUUCGUUCUAGACAUCGCUGUCUCCUAGACUUCUUCUAUCUGUGCUUUCGUUGUUCGUUCUCUCGCCAUGUAUGGAUGGAUCGCUCAUGCGUUCGUGUACCACUCGCCCGCAUCUCUAUCAUACAGCCUACUCCUUACACAUUUCGAUCUUUGGAUCCUUAUUUGAGCUGGCGGCAACGCUGCUCACAUUCUUAUCUACUCACCAUCGCUCUUCGUUCGAGUUGGUACUGUAUUUGCUCUGUUCGACCAUAGAUACCAUUUCAUUAUCUGACGUGUCCUGCAUUGACCGUCUUAUAAUUAUUGCCCUUCGGCGUAUAUAUUUCCAGCAUCUUUUGGACUCAUUUAAUGACGUGAAAACAAUAGCGACGGACUUGAUGUCCCGGGAAGGUGGCUUGCUGUCUUCAGGAUUCUACGAGCUGACCAAUUGACGAGUAUAGAAAUAGAGCAGACAGACACAGCCUCGGGAAGGGGUAACGGAGUCAUUGAAUGCACAGGGUGCCCAGCGCACUCUCACACUACCACGUAUGAGGAGACAGUGCAAUGGA